AUGGCGGCCCACACUUUGGCAAGGUUGUCGCUUCUUUUCGCUGCUUUUUAUUGCACUUUACACUGCUCUGAGCCACGAUCUUUUGUCAUCGAUUUCGAUAACAAUUGUUUUCUAAAAGAUGGAGAGCCAUUUCGUUACAUAUCCGGAAGCCUUCAUUACUUUCGUGUUCCGAGUUUCUACUGGAAAGAUCGACUCAUGAAGAUGAAGGCAGGCGGUCUGAACGCUGUUCAGACUUACGUUGCUUGGAACAUUCACGAACCAGUUCAUGGGCAGUACAACUUUGAUGGAGACGCAGAUAUUGUGAGUUUUAUUGAGCUUGCAAACAGCCUUGGACUCCUUGUAAUCGUAAGAGCUGGUCCAUACAUCUGUGCCGAAUGGGAGUUUGGAGGGUUUCCACCUUGGUUGUUGAAGUCGAACAUAUCAAUGAGUUUACGAUCUACGGAGAAUCCUCAGUACAUAAGCUAUGUCCAGUCCUGGAUGGGCGUUCUUUUGCCGAAGCUAAAACCUCUCUUGUAUGCAAAUGGCGGACCUAUCAUUUCGGUUCAAGUUGAAAAUGAGUAUGGUUCUUUCGUCGCUUGUGAUCACGAUUACAUGCAAUUUCUGCAGCAGCUUUUCCGCGAAUACCUUGGUAGUGAUGUAAUUCUUUUCACAGUCGAUGGUGAUUCGGAGGCUGACCUUCAGUGCGGUACUCUGCCAACACUGUACGCCACGGUAGAUUUUGGAGACAGCACAGACCCGGAAAAAGCAUUCGCAGUUAUGCGCAAAUUCUCCCCCAAAGGACCAUUGAUCAACACUGAGUUUUACCCAGGUUGGCUUGACCGCUGGAGUAUUCCUCACCAAACAAGAGAUGCAACAGAUGUGGCGAAAACUCUUGACAAGAUCCUGUCUAUGAACGCUUCAGUUAACUUUUACAUGUACGAGGGGGGCACAAACUUUGGUUUUAUGAAUGGAGCCGAGCCCAAAGACUUUUUACCAAGUAUAACUAGCUAUGAUUAUGAUGCUCCUUUGACAGAGGCCGGUGACACAUCAACAAAGUUCAGUAUCCUAUUGCAGACAAUUGCCAAGUAUGAGAUGAUUCCAGUUGGCCCAAUCCCUGCUAACACAACAAAGUUUGCUUAUGGAAAAGUCCAGAUGACUCUUCAGUCAACUUUACUUGAAGUUUUAUCAAAGCUUGCCCCCUCUGGCCCUGUGUAUUCAUCAAUUCCUUUAUCCAUGGAACAGAUUGGACAAAAUUAUGGAUUUAUUCUGUACAGAACACAAAUUCCAGAAUCAUUUUAUGAGUCUGGUACUGCUGUCCUGGAAAUCAGUGGCCAACUGCAUGACAGGGCAAUAAUUUACAUUGGAAGGGUCCGUCAAGCCACAUUAUUCCGUGAUCAAGAUGAACUCUCAGCCUCUGUUAAAAUUGGAAACUUUCUGCAGCUAGACAUUCUUGUAGAGAACAUGGGUCGCAGUAAUACUGGAAUUGCUGAUCCUAAGGGAAUCAUUGGUAAUGUUACUUUGAAUGGAACGGUACUCAUACAUUGGCAGAUGUAUGCUAUAAAUUUGGACAAUCUGUUUUCAGAUUCUUAUGAGCUCUGUAUCAAAUCUGAUGACAACAAGAAGCAAAGAGAUAUGUUUAAUUCAGAUUAUGAAUAUGCUCCAUCCUUUUACUACGGUGAAUUUCCUGUAAACUCUUCAUCUGACACAUAUCUUCAACUGCCAGGCUGGAACAAAGGCCAAGCCUUCGUCAAUGGCUUCAACCUGGGUCGAUACUGGCCUGUAGUGGGUCCGCAGAACACAUUAUAUGUGCCUGCAAGUGUGCUUACAGCCAACCAGAAUGCAAGUGUGCUGAUAUUUGAACUAGAUCUUGCUCCAUGUGAAUAUCCAGAGAACUGUUAUGUUGAAUUUGUGGCAACCCCUUCCAUUAAUGGAGAAGUCCACCCAUUAGAUCAAAAAUUAGUGGGAGUUUGAUAUGCAUUCUUGCUGGAAAAUUACACAGACUGACCACUGAACACCUACUUUAAUAACUUAGAUGUAGAGUCAAUGCUUGUGAACAAUUAUAGGUGGAUAUCAGUAUCUUCAGAAAUCUCAAACCGUGAUUUAACCACAAUUUAUAAGAUAACAAGUUGAUGUCACCCUACCCUAGACUUCAAAACAGCCAGUUUUAUUUCUUUGAAGGUGACUGCUAACAAGGUCAGAAGUUCUCAGAACACAAAGGCAUCAACCUUUUCCAGUCUUACUCCUUGUUUCAUGUUUAUCUUAAUAGACAUUCAAAUCAAAGUGAGCAAGGGUAUAACUAUUGGAGGGUCCUGGGGGUGCUCUUCAGCCCUCACUCUCAGUGGAAAAAAUUUUUUUUCAAGUCAGUAAUAAUUACAAAUGUUUCUUAAUGAUCAGGGCUUGCAAUAGUGUUCCAAUCCAAAGGCUCUACAAAUCAUAAAUCUUUUCCAGUGCUGGAUGUGCAAUUUCCUAGUACAUCUUACCACAUAAAUACAUUUCCCUCGAUAAGGAAUUGGUAGGGCAGGCAGAUGUCAGUGAUACAUAAUGAUGAUUACUGGAAUCAUAAAGAUUUAUGUUUGUCUUUUUGUAGUAGCUGCAAUUAUCUUUAAUGUGUGGGCUGCAAUAAAAACUGUAAGUUGCAUAGGGCCAUAAAUCAAUUAAAAAAAAAAGAUCAAGUGUCUCCUUAACAGUCUGAACCAAGACAGUUAGUUGAGAAAUGCUUUUACUUUAUGUGUCCUCUGCAUUAGAUAAUAUACAUUUGAAGUGAACCAUGCUGGCACUAGGGCCAAACCAAUCAUCCUCGUGUACUUUAAUUUCAAUUAAAUAAGUGUUUUUAGCCCCAAUAGUAGGCAAAGGUUGUGCUUGGAUUGUAGGGAGAGGUACAGUUUUGAUAAUUUUCCUGUAAUUUAGUAGAAUUAAUUUGGUAAUUAGUAUGCACUGUUAAUUUGCUUUAUAGAGAUAUUAGAUAUCAAAUAACAUAUUAACAUAUCAUAAAUCAAAUGAAAAUAUAGUUUCUGUUAUUUAAAUUGUAAUAAUAUUUUGCAGCAUGGCUGUUAGUGGAAGAGAGGACUUCACUGUUAGUGGUCAAUGCUUGAGAUUGUUAGAAAGUGGGGAAUGAAUUUUGCUUAUUGUUAUCACUGCAGUUAGUUGUAGUUUCUUGGCAUGCAUAUUUUAUUCCUUUCCAGAGCUCUGCUUUUUCUCACUAAACCUAAAUGUGGACAUUUAACCCUUUACACCAAAACAUCAGUAUGCAUUCUCUCUGUACUGUUCUCUAUACAUUUCCAAAGGUGCUUGUAAGGAGAAUUUGUUUGAAAAUCAAGAGCUUCUUUGGUAGGUGUCAAUAAGUUUUUUCCUUGUGACCUUACUGAGUGAUUCAGGGGUGGAAUGGUAAAGAAAAGUAAGAUGCUAGUCAUCCUAAGGGGUUAAAGAGUAAAAUAUUUGUUUGGGUGGCAAUUCCAUUUAAAGAUCAAGUGUUCAACAAUUAAGAAAAAUAUGAACAAAAAAUUAGAAAGCUGACACAAACCAACCAAACAAAACUGGGUAAACUGGAAAGAAACGAUAGACCAAUGAUGAGUUGGUGGGGGAGGGGGGUGAAAAAAUCAUGUGAGCAGAGAUAUUUACCAAAUUUCGGGUCAACUGGUGCAUUUUGUGGAAAAGAAGUGAAGACCCCAUUACAAAAUGUACAGCAACAGAACCUUGUCCAAACCGUCCCCUCCUCAAUCCUGCGUGGAAAGACUAAGAGACUAGACUAAGGAACUGAUCACUUUUUAUCCCUUGGGGGACAGGGGCUAGGGGAUUUCGGGUGUGUCACCAUACAUUCUGAUCCUCCAUAUGGCUCUAAAAUUCCCAUGAUGCUCCAAUGAUUGGCAGUUCAUUGGCAGACAAUUUCCCAUGGUUCCCCCUUUAUAUUCUAUUCUGAUCCUGCCUCUGUUCCCCCUAUAAUCGAUGUGAUCCUACUCCCAAACUACUCCACCCCCUCCCCCUUCCCCCCAACAGGCUAUAAAUAAUGUCCCUGAUGCAGUGAUUAAUGAUUUCAGUCACGUGAACGCGAGUGGCAGCCACAAAAAUUUACCUCACUACCUUGUCGGCAUAUUCUGAUCCAAUAAAUGACCCUCUGCUAAGUUGCACGUCUUAAAACGCGUGUUGAACAUUUUCAAAAACAAGAAACUGAAUUGAAGUGAAUCGGUGCUUCUAAAACAGUGUCAGAACAAUUGCCAUUGAAUAGCGUGUGACUGAAAUUUGAUACUAUCAUAUGAAGGGAUUUAAAACCAUUACCUACUCGAACAUGGCGUUCAUCUGGGCAAUCCUCCUGCCCUUGUUUGCUGUCCUAGGACAGUCUGAAUCUCGUUCAUUCGUUAUUGACUACGAAAACGAUUGUUUUCUAAAAGACGGCGAGCCAUUUCGUUAUAUAUCCGGAAGCUUUCAUUACUUUCGUGUUCCGAGUUUCUACUGGAGAGAUCGACUCAUGAAGAUGAAGGCAGGCGGUUUGAACGCUGUUCAGACUUGCGUUGCUUGGAAUAUUCACGAACCGGUUUAUGGACAGUACAACUUUGAAGGAGACGCGGACAUCGUGAGUUUUAUUGAGCUUGCAAACAGUCUUGGACUUCUUGUCAUCGUAAGAGCUGGUCCUUACAUUUGCGCCGAGUGGGAGUUUGGGGGUUUUCCAGCUUGGCUGUUAAAAAAUACAUCAAUAUCACUGAGGUCAAUGGAAAGCAAAGAGUUCAUCAUGGCCGUAGAGAAUUGGAUGGGAGUUCUUUUACCGCGACUAAAACCGCUUUUGUAUGACAACGGAGGCCCAAUUAUUUCAGUCCAAGUGGAGAACGAAUACGGAAGUUUCCCAGCUUGCGAUCACGCUUACAUGGAACUUCUGGCACAGUUAUUUAGGUAUUAUCUAGGGAACAAUGUGAUUUUAUUUACAGUUGACGGUGACGCGGAAUCGUACUUGCAAUGUGGCACGGUAUCGUCUCUAUAUGCAACUGUUGACUUUGGACCUAAAACUAACCCUGAAAGUGCCUUUGCUGUCAUGCGCAAAUUUUCUCCUAGGGGACCCCUAGUCAACACCGAGUUCUAUGCUGGUUGGUUAGAUAAUUGGGGAAAACCUCACCAGAUGAGGUCAGCCACAUCUAUCGCCAACACACUGGACAAAAUCUUGUCUAUGAAUGCAUCUGUAAACUUUUACAUGUAUGAGGGAGGUACCAAUUUUGGUUUUAUGAAUGGUGCGCAAUACAGUGGUUCAGUUCUUCAUCCCAAUCCCACCAGUUACGACUAUGAUGCACCCUUAACAGAGGCAGGUGACACCACCACAAAAUUCAUGAUUCUGCGUGAAACAAUUUCAAAGCACGAAGCCAUUCCUGUAAUUCCUAUCCCAGCUAAUACAACCAAGUUUGCAUACGGCAAAGUUCAGAUGACACAAAUCUCAACAUUUCUUGAUCUUGUGCCCAAGCUUGCUGCUCCAUAUGGCCCAGUGAAUGCAACAUUUCCUUUAACCAUGGAACAGAUUGAACAGAACUAUGGGUUUGUUCUGUACAGAACUGAGAUUCCAAAGGGAUUUGCUCAAUCAACUGUUACCCUAUCUUUUACCAGUGUAGCCCGUGACAGAGCCAUUAUCUAUGUUGGAAGGGUUCGUCAAGGUACUUUGUACCGCAAUCCAAAUCAGACAGAGAUCACUCUACAUAUUGGAGAAUUCUUGCAGCUUGACAUUCUUGUGGAGAAUGUUGGGAGAAUCAACUAUGGACCCUCCAUUUGUGAUCCAAAAGGAAUUGUUGGAAAUGUUACAAUCAAUGGAAAUAUCUUAACAAAUUGGCAAAUCUAUCCAAUAAAUUUGGCCAAUGUUGUUUCAAACUUGACUUCUCUCCUUCGAAAUGAAUCCAACAACAAUGUUCUUGACCCUUUUGCUGCUGAUGACUUUGCACCAUCUUUUUUUCAUGGAGAGAUUCCACCAAACCCAAAAGGAAAUGCAUCUGACACAUUUCUUCAGCUUCCAGGGUGGAGCAAAGGACAAGCAUUUGUCAAUGGAUUUAACCUGGGUCGCUACUGGCCUGUAGUUGGUCCUCAGGAGACUUUAUUUGUUCCAGCCAGUGUGCUCUCACCAAAUCAACAACCCUCCUCUUUGGUUUUACUUGAACUGGAUGGUGCUCCUUGUGAAUUCCCUUCAAGCUGCUUUGUUGAAUUUGUGGCAAGCCCAUCGAUAAAUGGGACAGUUCACCCCAUAGACUGA